AUGAAGAUUAUCGUCACAGGCUGCACAGGCGUGGUCGGCUCCGAGGUGGUGCGCUCGGCCAUCAAGCAUCAGUUCAUCACACACAUCUACGCCGUCACCCGCAAACCUCUCGACCCCAAGAUUGCCGACCACAACAAGGUCACCCAGAUCAUCCACGACGACUUUGAGCAAUGGCCCGAUCACUUGCUGAGGCUGUUCGAACAUGAAGGCGUCAGAGGCUGCAUCUGGUGCAUCGGCGGCUGGGCCAACAAAUUCGCCUCUCUAGAAGAAGCCCAACGCAUCAACAUCUCCCUCGCCCACACGGCCGCCGAAACCUUUGCAACCACCCUCUGCCCCUCCCCCGCCGAGAUCUUCCAGACGAAAAACAAACGCGGCAUCGCCUUCCGUUUCAUCUACAUGUCCUGCGCUGGCGCCGAGCAAAACCCUUUCGCUUCCCUCUGGUGGAGUGCCGAUAGCAGAAAGAUGAAAGGAGCUGCUGAAAAAGGGCUCUUUGAGUUGGCUGAUUCACGCAAUCCUGGAAGUCUGGAGUGCUAUGCUCUGAGAUUGGGAAAGGUGUUGCCUGGAGGCUCAACGGUGUAUAAUCUGACGACUAUGGGAGUCAGUCAGAGUAUUUCUGAUGCACAUGUUGCAAAGUGCGCUCUCAAUACCGUGCUGGAUGGACGCACAAAGGAAGAGGGAGGCAGGAUUUUGGAGAAUGCGGAUUGUCUGGGCGACGAUUGGGCAAAUAUCAACAGUCUUUCUAUUGAUUGA